AAGACUUAUAAACUUUCAGGAAACAUUCAGGGAAGAAAGAAAAAAGCAGAGCUAUCUUGUUGCUGUUACACAGACUGUAACCAUGGACCUGCGUAAACAACUGGAGAAUACAGAGAGGAACUGGAAUAAGGAGAAGAUGGAGCUGCUGGAGAGAUUUGACAAUGAAAGGAAAGAAUGGGAAUGUCAAUGGAAGGUCAUGCAGAAGAAAAUUGAAGAGCUUUACCAAGAGGUAAAACUUAGAAGGGAGAACAAUAUGAAUGUCCAUGAUAAUAAGGCCACUCAGAGCAAGAUGCUGCAGCUGUCCAUGCAUUCCCCUACUUCAGAAGAGAGUGACACAGUGGAGCUGAACUAUCAACACAAUGUGGUAAAUGACAGGAUGGAAAAAGGGAGUUUGCUCAGUAAAACAGGACCUGAAUGUAAAGAAACCAGAGCCAAAAGCAAGAACAAUAUUUUGCUAAUGGACAAUUUGGCCUUUGAGAGCCACGAGGAACCUGAAGACAGUAUCAGCAUCAGAACUUCCAAGAAAAAUGCCAAGAAUUAUAUUGGUGAUCUCAAUGUAGCUCUAAAAGAACUUGCCAGAGUUAGUGAAGAAUUAUGCAGCUAUCAAGAGGAAAUUCGAAAGAAGUCAAACCACAGAAGAAUGAAGUCACUUCCUUUCCUGGGGGAAUUUGAAGAAACCCAAAACACAGUUAUUCUGCCUGAGAUGAACCAUGUGUCCAGCAGUGAAUCACAGACUUCAGUUGCUUUUGAAACAGAGGAGCAUAAUAAUAGGAAGAAUCUGAUGAGCUCCACCAAGGGUUUGAAGGACAUGUCCUAUGGUGGUCUUAUUGGUGACAGAGGAGCAGACUUCAGACCCUGGCAAAAGAAAGAAGCUCCACCAGUUCCUCCACGGAGCACUUCUCGACACCUAGCAAACUCACUUUCUGCAGUUGUACAGCUUUCUGAAGCACCUGUGAGAGAUCCAAGCAUCAAAAGCACUUGCAAAGUUCAGGACUGUAGGAGCAGAAGGAAACUGGUGAAUCCUUUGCCUAUAAAACUAAAUGAAACUGCAGUGACAAAUGAAGGGCAGACUGUGAAAGGUCCUGUGAUGGUAACUGCUGCAAUACCUGUAACCAAAAAUGAGUGCAAUGUACCAACAAGUUUCUGCCACAACACGUGGGCAUAUGAUGCUGGCAAAGACAGUAAAAGUGAGUCCUCCCCACUGUCAUCCCAGAAAAGUUGCUCAGAUGGAAAUAUGGCCCAGAGCAACAAGAUGCACCAGAAACAAAAUCCCAAGUGUCAAAGCAGUCCUGUUUACAGUAAUGACUUUUAUGCCCCUGCUACCCUUACCCUGCACAGUGAUCUUUUGGGAGACUCUAGGUAUACUUUGGGAAAGACCCCAAGAAAUGAAACUUUAGCAGCAAAGAUUGAUGAGUUUAACCGGACUGUAUUUCACACAGAUAAACGUAGCAAUGCUUUGCAAGAAAACCAGGUGACUCGAACAGCAUCAGAAGAUCACAAACCCUGCAGCUCACCUUGUGACUCUGCUAUUAGCAGGACAGAAACUGUAGAUACAUCUUGUGUUUCAAAUCCUAAAUUCUCUGCACCAAAGGAACAAGAAACUAGCAACCCCAGCAAAGCUGUCAGAUCAGCAGGGCAACAAAAGCAAGUAAAUGGACUUCCAAAUACUAGCAGUUAUAGACACAUGCUUCAUGAGCAUGACUGGAGACCAAGUAAUUUAUCCGGUCGCCCGCGCUCAGCUGACUCAAGGUCAAACUACGGUGUUGUUGAAAAGCUUUUGAAAAACUAUGAAAAAUCCACGGUGACUUCUCCGUGUAAUGAAAAACGCUGCAAAGAUAAAUGGACACGGGCAAACACUGAAUCUACUGAUGGGGGUUGUGAGACGUUGAGUCAGUAUUUAGAAAUGCUUCAGAUUGAGCAAGGAAAGCAAGAAUUUCCGAGGAAUUCAGCCAGGCAUAUUGGGCAGCAACUCAAGCAAGGAAAGGAGAGACAGAAGUUACCAGAGAUAUCUGUGCCAGCUAAAUGUUCAAGUGGGAAGGGUUUCUCCCGACCAGCCCGACCAGCAAAUCGACGCUUACCUUCCAGAUGGGCAUCGAGAUCACCGUCAGCACCGCCUGCUGUGAGAAGGACGGCGUACAACUGCUCUGUCUCCUUUCGUUCAGAGACCUCAGUAGUCUGAACCCAGAGAUGGGUUGGGUGGUGGUGUGAAAGCUCUGCACCUCAUUGUAACUGUGUUCGACCUGUGUCACAGCGACCAGCUCUACCCUGUCCUAUCUUGUCCAAGAGUGACCCCAUCACGUGCCAGACAAAACGUUUUGAAUCUUAGGUCAUCAUCAUGGUCUUCAGUGUUUUUAUUAAGAUGGAACAACUAUACCCCUGGUUUUCUCCUUUUUUUUUCUUUUUAGUACUAGCUCACAAAGAAUUUAUUUUGAGUGGCAUCUUCCUUAAUUUGCCAAUCAAUUUUGAGUUGGAACAAUGUAUAGUGCUGUAUAUUCUGACUCUUCUGCAAACAGCAGAACGUAAAGCUGUAUGCAUGAUCAUGUGUUUGUAGGUGCAUGUGUUGGACUAGGAAGUAUACAGGUCUGUAUUUAGAAGAGAAAAACUGUGCUAGUGUUGACAUUGAAACUACAACCUAUAUGCCGACAUAUAUAUAUAUACUUUGUGUUUAUUUUAAAAAGUUUGAAAUAUACAGUCCUGAUGACAUUUAUAUUUUGUAUAUCUUUUACAUAGGUUCACAGGUGUAGUAUUUAAUGUACAAAAACUAAAUAUGCAUUUUUGUGACUGAUUGCAGCGAUAAUGCCUUGCACAAUAUGUAUCUGAAGCAGACUAGCUCGACUGAUUUGUCAGUCAUGCUUCAUGGCAUCCUCGUUCAGUUUCCUGACCCUUAUGAUACUAGGUCAAAAUACCCAGACAUAUUUUUUCUGAAUUAAAAUAUUAUAUGAUUUGUAAUACAUUAACCUUUUUCAGCACCAGAGACAUUCCUGAAAUGACCGAAUCUCUUUAAAAAGCUUAAAUGUACCAUUAUACAUAUAGCAUACUGUAAACACUUCGGUAGUUUCAACUAGCAUAACAUACAGUUUAUGAAGGGAAGAUAAGGGUUGUAUAUGCUCAAUUCUGUGAAACUUAUUUUUCCUUCUAGCGCUAUACUUUGAGGUUUGGCUAAGUCAGAGAACAAUGGCCUUGUUUGCUUUCACUCAAGGCAGGAGAACAAGGGCCGUUGUUGUUCCCAGUGCUGCAGACACACUCCUUUUUUACUCUCCUCCUAGACUAGAGUGCUUGAGCCACUUGCUAACGUACCGCUCCCUGACUGACUCGUGGCAGUCAGUUACAAAGUUUACGUGCACUCUGGCAGCAAGCUGCAUCUAGUACGGAAAUACUGCAUCGAGAUAUCAUCACACUGGUGCCAGAAAUCCCAGGCAAAUGGCAUUGGAAGUGUGUUUUUGCUAUCACCUGACUCGGCAUGAUGGGCCAUUGCGAUGACGUGUACAGAGCCUGGCUUGUUCCUUCCCACAGUGUGAAAGAAAUACAGAUACUACCCAGACUCUUGCUGAAAAGACGGUGUCCCUCAUCCUGGAAUUUUUGCACCCUUUUCUAGGCUGUUGCUGGAUGCGUAGUGUGGUAAAGAUGAUAAAUAUUACCUUUAAACAACAUGUCUAGGUUAAAAGGAGUAAAGAGGCACUUCAACAUCAGCCUGAUCUUGUCUUGCAACUUUUCUUCUUCUCCUGGAGAAACAUAGUGUGUUCAAAGGAAUUUCAGAAAUCAUCCCAGAAUCCAUUAAUGUGCACAUUUCAUAUGUGAAUGUAAAAAGGAUUUCAGAGAGAGUAUAGGCUUUUGUCCUAGUGAAUUGUUUGUGUGGCAAUAUAGGGAAAAUUAGUUGUGCUUAAUUUGAUAGUGAUAUAUUGUCUUACUCCAGUCAUGAUGAGAAUCCACACCUUUUUGCUUCCUUUUAGCGCCUUAUUCUUCUUUCCUCUACAUGACUAUAGUUUUGCAGAGAGAGAAAGCAGAGGGCAGCUUGUGCUGAGCAAUAUACCCUCCAAAGUACUAUCAAUAACUUUUUGGGCAAGCCAGUGUUGGAUUGAGCAGGCAUUAGAGCCGUAAAUCCAACCUUAGCCACACCAUUGUGGCUGCCUGCUUGGCAAAAGCAUGCUCAGAAUAAUUUGCCCAAUCUAAACUUCCUGGUACUUUCUAUGUGUGAGUGGCAGGAAACCCCAUAACAAUAUAUGAAGGCUUCAAACAGAUCAACAAUUCAUCAAAAUUCACUUGGACAUUAUUGCAAAGUAAUUACUGGAAAUGGUAUAAGAACAGAGAAUCUUGAAGAAAAUAUACAAUUCGGACAGACACAAAAAUCCGUGUGCUCAAGUGAAAAAUCAAGAGUACUAUAAAUUUCCUUGUUUGACCGAAUUUAGAGAUUGCACUCCAUUAACUUCCUUAGAACUAGAAAAAUUACAAAUGAUUUAUAGUGAAUUGGGAACACUGCUUAAAAGUUUCUCUAACUGUGAAAACUGGCAAACUGAAAUGCCUUGCAAAUUGACCUUUCAAAUGCCUAAGUAGCUGAGCAGCUUUAAAUGCCUAAAGCUGAGGAAAAGGUAAUAUGACAGAACUGUAAAAUUAUGGUUCUUAAUUUCAGAGUGCUGACUGCAAUCAAACUUCCUUCAAUUACCUUCAUGGUAAUGUUAAGCAGUUUUGUUCUGAAAAAUGGUGGUGCACUUUUGUUUGACGAAUGUAACAAUGAAACAGUUUCCCUUAAUUAGUCAGUGAAGGUGUUUCUUUAGCUCAUUUAAUUUUAUUUAUUUAUUUUUUGAUCACUUUGGACAUAUAUCACAUUGUUGAAUAACAGAGAAAGGAUCAAAUACUUACAACAUUCCCUGAUGUAUGUAAGUUUAAUGAACAGAAGGUUUUUGAAAUAAAGAACAAGUCCAUUUUGUCAAGAUUUUUCUGUGUCCAUCUAAUUAUAGACAUUGAUUCCGAUGCCUGAAAGUAUCAAAACUGGUGAUUUAGGUCUGUAGGUGGCUAGAUGAAUAUACCAAUUUUAGAAACUUGCUGCUGAAGCUAUUUAAAUAUUCUCUUCAGUCAUACCCAUGACAAGGCCAGUGCACUGCUGUGAGUUUUUUAGUUCCCAGAACUGUGAUUACUGAACCAUAGUACCGGCUUCAUUGCACUUGCUGUAGGAGGAAAGAGCUCCAGGUUCCCCCAUAUGACAGGAAAAUGUACUUAUCUUGGAAGCUCUUGGGCAAAAGAGGCUCUAUACACAUGCACACAGACACACUUGUAAAAGAACCACAAAUUAUCUAGGUAGAAUUGACUCUACUUGUAAUGCUGGUGUCACCUAUGGAAGCUGAUCGUUUUCUAAGCCAUUUUUUAAAAUAAGUUUUUAUUAUUCUUCCACAUGCCAUCUCAAGUCUUAAUGUUGAUACAGAGUCUUCUUACUUGUGCUCUGAACAAGUCUAGGAUCUUGCUAGUGUAUGCUUAGGGGCACUGAAAUAAAUGCAGCCGCGAAUUUUCAAAGCGUAAAAACCUUAAACUAAGUAACAGGGCAGGCACACUGAAGGGCACCCUCUCGCACAUGAGAAAUCAGCUGCCCACCGAAAUAUUUGCAAACUGAUGGAGACAUCAUCAAACUCUUUUAGGGAGUAGCACGGUGGGGAGGAAACACGGAGAAUAGUUGGCCAGGCCUUGCCUCCAUAUACAACAUAGCAGGCCACCCGAGUGCUGCAAAACCAGGCUGGGUCAGAACCUCUGACAGGGGCAGAAGGAGUAGAGGGAAAAAAUUACCUUGAAACCUCUGGAUAUUGUUCCUCAAAGACAGAGUUUAUUUCCCCUAAAUGUUUUAUCUUUACAGUGUUAGUGAUAGACUUCUUAUAUAUCUUUAAAACAUUGCUGAAGGGAUGAACUUUGCUUGUUCUCCAUCAACAAUGCAAUUCUCUUUGACUGUUACUGUAAAGGAGUUAACUGUUAUGUAUAGCAAAGAGUUGGCAAUCAGUGUAAUAUAACUCUCCAGAGCACUCAGAGCACCAGUUUAUUGCUCCAGUUGUCUACUUAAGAACUUGUACCUGUAAAUAGGAAUUUUCUAUCCAAAUGUCUUUGACAGCAUUUUAGCAAGCUCCACAGCAGCCCAGCAGGUAGGCCAUUUCCCUCAGAGUUUUGUUGUUUCUGGACCGAGCCUAAAUUUCCUAGCAUGAGAGAACUUAUGCAAUUCUCACAGUGCUGCUAUGCAGAGAAUUCCUUUGGCUUUGAGACCUGCAGUGUACAGCUGUAGCAAUUACACUGCUGAUAUUCUCUAUUGAACAGAUCUGUAGUGGACUCUGAUCGUGUACAUGCUCUUUAAACUGGAAGGCAGAAUGCAUUUCCUCUCGGUGCACUAAAUCAAAGCCCUUUGUUGCCUCUGGCCUUUCCAUCCCUCCUCGAUUCCCGGUGGAUGUAUAUUUUUAGGUUGUUUAUUGCCAUUGCUCUUUAUGUAUAUGCCAUACCACAGGACUUUCUAUUUGUACCACCAUCAAAAUAUUUUUGGACAGCCUAUUCUUAAAAAUGCUGAUAUUAUUAUUGCCAUUCACAAAUAUAUUAGAAGUUGAUCUAUUGGUUCGCUUUACUGAAAAUGCAAUUUCUUCAUCAACUGUUAAUGGCAUACAUUAUAUAAAACUUGAUGCUUUUGCUUUCUGAAAUGAUGAUUGAUCUGCUUGUGAGGUUUGCUUCUACCCCUUACCCACAUUUCUUUUCUGUUUUGCAAAGUGCUUGUGUCAGCAGAGAUGUGUUCCUGAUAUGUACGGUUCGUUCAGUGGCUGUGUGGUUAUGGGAGCUCAUACCU